AAAAGAUUUAAAGAAAAACAGAAGAGAAGACCAAGACAGCCAGAACGUACUCGCGGGUCUUUCGUGGUGUUUUCAGCAGGAGGGGGCGGUGGAGGAGGAGGCGGUGGAGGAGGAGGUGGCGGGUGCCGACGACGUGACUACGAACGUCGCAGUGCUGGCGGUCGGAGUGCUUCCGGUCUUGCCACCAUCAGCUCCUCGGUCGCGGGGAGCGCGGGAGGUUGUGGCCCCGUUGUGGGGCUUCCCUCCUACAAAAAGCGCCAAGGAAGUGCAGCGACAUGGAACCGAGACCGUGGACGUGCCAGGGGAAGUCGCGGCACCGGGGAUGGAGCAACAUUUUUGGCCGGCAAUGUUCCCGGAAAUUAUCCUCCAGGAUAUCAGGCACCCGGGUACCAUGAGGUCUUUAAUAUUCUCGGCAAGCGCAAUCAAGCCGGGACACUAACGGGAAUAGGACCACCACCGGGCAUCGCCGAGACUGAGGAAGACAACGAAGAAGAAAAUGCACCGAAAAAACCACCACGGCCAUUGUACAGAAGAUUUUUUAAUUACGUACGGCAAGCGUGGACUGGCGUCAAAUUUGCUUUAGAUUCUGAAUACGAGGAAGAACAAAUACCACGCUAUAGACCAGACUCGUUAGCAAGUCUCUGCAGGGCAACUAGAUUUACUGAAGCGGAAUUGAAAAGGAUAUACCGUGGCUUUAAAGCAGUGUGUCCUACAGGCGUGGUCAGAGAGGACACUUUCAAAUGUAUUUACUCACAGUUUUUCCCUCAAGGUGCAAAUACCAGUCAGUACGCUCACUACGUUUUUAAUACAUUAGACCAAGAUCACAGUGGAUUAUUGAGUUUCGAGGACUUUGUUACGGGCUUGAGCAUACUAUCACGUGGAUCAAUAGACGAAAAGCUUCGCUGGACAUUUUCGCUUUAUGACAUAAAUGGAGAUGGCUGUAUCACACGAGAUGAAAUGACGGAUAUCGUGACUGCGGUUUAUGAACUGAUGGGAAAAUUUUCUGACCCCAAUAUGGAUACUGAUGGUGUGAGAGAGCGAGUCGAUAGAAUAUUUCAGAAAAUGGACGGCAACAAAGAUGGCGUGGUAACACUAACUGAAUUUUUGGACGCGUGUCGCUCUGACCCUGAGAUAUCAGCAUCAAUGGCUGCCCUGGACACGGCUUUCUGACACGAGGCGAGUUUUCGCUACGCUUAUUGGACUUGAAAAUUGAAGCUGUGACUCGCAGCUAAAUUCCGACAGGAAUGAAGACUAACUUCAUUGUCCUCAUAUCUGGUGUUAGUUGGGAAAAGUAUAACCGCUCAAUUGUCACACACGGUAAUCACUAGAGAGCUAAAUAGACAAUUACUAA